UAGAAGAGAGUAGGAAGAAGAAGAAGAAGAUAGACGACGCCGACGCCGACGCCGACGCUGACGACGGCGAUGAUGAUGAUGAUGAUGACGCGCUCUUAGGCGGAGGUGACGUGUACUCUCCGGCUUAGCUUAGCUUAGCUUAGCUGCUCCCAGUUGAUUUCCUUGCCUCCAAGAUAACAAAGCGGGCAAGCAAGAUCAUCAAACAAAGCAUCAUCCAAAGCAAUGUUUCAAAUAAAGCAAGCAAAUAACUUGCUUUUAAGCCAUUAACCGCUGUUUCAACGAAUAAUAAAAAAAAAAGUGUUACUACUUACAACGAUACAAAAAGAAACUAAAGAAAAACUUGUCUCAUCCGCGCGCAGCCAUGAGAGGGGCAGGGUUUCUGUCAGUGCUGUGCUGGGUGCUGCUGACGACGUCGUUUGCUGCCAACUUGACGUACGAUCACAGAGCGCUGGUGAUCGACGGCAAGCGGCAGGUCUUGAUCUCCGGCUCCAUUCAUUACCCUCGCAGCACUCCCGAGAUGUGGCCGGAUUUGGUUAAAAAAUCCAAGGACGGAGGAUUGGAUGUGAUCGAGACCUACGUUUUCUGGAACUUGCACGAGCCAGUUCGAAACCAGUAUGACUUCAAGGGAAGGAAGGAUUUGGUGAAAUUUGUGAAGACUGUUGCGGAUGCUGGUCUUUAUGUUCAUCUUCGUAUUGGUCCCUAUGUAUGCGCCGAAUGGAACUAUGGUGGUUUUCCUCUAUGGUUGCAUUUUAUACCCGGAAUUGAGUUUCGAACUGAUAAUGAGCCGUUCAAGGCAGAAAUGAAGCGAUUCACGGCCAAGAUUGUGGACAUGAUGAAGCAGGAGAAACUUUACGCCUCUCAGGGCGGACCUAUCAUUUUAUCUCAGAUAGAGAAUGAGUAUGGAAAUAUUGAUUCAGCAUAUGGGUCUGCUGCCAAAUCUUAUAUCAGUUGGGCAGCAUCCAUGGCUACAUCUUUGGAUACAGGGGUGCCCUGGGUCAUGUGCCAACAAGCAGAUGCUCCUGAUCCCAUUAUCAACACUUGCAAUGGAUUUUACUGUGACCAAUUCAAACCUAAUUCUGACAAGAAGCCAAAAAUGUGGACUGAGAAUUGGAGUGGAUGGUUUCAAUCAUUCGGUGGUCCUAUGCCCUACAGACCUGUGGAAGACCUUGCAUUUGCUGUGGCUCGCUUUUUCCAGCUUGGUGGAACUUUCCAAAAUUAUUAUAUGUACCAUGGUGGUACUAACUUUGGCCGGACUACUGGUGGACCCUUCAUUUCCACAAGUUAUGAUUAUGAUGCUCCAAUUGAUGAGUAUGGGAUUCUUAGACAACCAAAGUGGGGUCACUUAAAAGAUGUCCAUAAGGCAGUAAAGCUUUGCGAAGAAGCAUUGGUGGCCACUGAUCCAAAGGUUACUUCUCUUGGUCCAAACUUGGAGGCCACAGUUUAUAAAGCAGGAUCCAGAUGUGCUGCUUUUCUUGCCAAUGUGGGCACCCAGUCUGAUGCAACUGUGAAUUUCAAUGGCAAUUCAUAUCACUUGCCUGCAUGGUCCGUGAGCAUUUUACCUGACUGCAAGAAUGUAGUUCUUAAUACUGCAAAGGUUAACUCUGUGGCUAUGAUUCCAAGCUUCAUUCAUCAAUCUUUGAGUGGCAAUGUUGAUUCCUCUGAAGCAUUAGGCUCAGAUUGGAGCUGGAUAAAUGAACCAGUGGGUAUCUCAAAGGAUGAUGCAUUUGUCAAACUUGGACUAUUGGAGCAAAUAAAUACUACAGCUGAUAGAAGUGACUACUUAUGGUACUCAUUAAGCACUAAUAUUAAAGGUGAUGAGCCUUUCCUUGAAGAUGGAUCUCAAACAGUUCUCCAUGUGGAAUCAAUUGGUCAUGCCCUUCAUGCUUUUAUUAAUGGGAAGCUUGCAGGGAGCGGAAAAGGUAACAGUGGCAACGCUAAGGUUGCAGUGGAGAUCCCCAUUGCACUUGUAGCUGGGAAGAACGCAAUUGAUCUCCUCAGUUUGACAGUGGGACUUCAGAACUAUGGAGCUUUUUUUGAGAAAAGUGGUGCGGGUAUCACUGGUCCAGUAAAGCUGAAAGGCACAAAAAAUGGCACUACUGUUGAUCUUUCUUUUCAGCAAUGGACAUAUCAGGUUGGACUUAAAGGUGAAGAAUUAGGUCUGUCUAGUGGAAGUUCUUCACAGUGGGUUUCACAACCUACCUUGCUCAAGAACCAACCCUUGACUUGGUACAAGACAAAGUUUGAUGCGCCUGCUGGAAAUGAUCCAGUUGCAGUAGACUUUACAGGGAUGGGGAAAGGUGAGGCAUGGGUGAAUGGACAAAGCAUUGGACGGUAUUGGCCGACAUAUAUCGCUUCAAAGGGUGGUUGUACUGACUCUUGCAAUUACCGAGGAUCUUACAGUUCAAACAAAUGCCUCAAGAACUGUGGGAAGCCAUCUCAGACACUGUACCAUGUACCCCGUUCAUGGUUGCAAACGAGUGGCAACACUCUUGUACUUUUUGAGGAAAUCGGCGGUGAUCCAACACAGAUAUCUGUUGCCACAAGACAGAUUGGAAGUUUGUGCUCGCAUGUGUCAGAGUCUCACCCAUCACCUAUAGAAACAUGGAAUGCAGAUUCAAGUUCAGGAAUGAAAUUAGGGCCUACACUAUCAUUGGAGUGCCCAUUUCCUGGUCAGGUCAUGUCUUCAAUCAAGUUUGCAAGUUUUGGGACUCCACAUGGGAUUUGUGGGGCCUUUAGACAUGGCCAGUGCAGCAGCAAGAGGGCUCUUUCCAUUGUACAGAAGGCUUGCAUUGGAUCAAAGAGUUGUAGAAUUGGAGUAUCAAUUAAUACGUUUGGUGACCCUUGUGAAGGAGUAACAAAGAGUUUAGCAAUAGAAGCUUCCUGUACACAGAGAGACAUCCUCUGAACCUUCAAUUUAUUGAUUAUAAGAGUAGACUCUCCGCAUAAGCUUCCAAGUGAAUAAGCUUUUUACUGGCUAUUAUUGUAGAAUGAAUCCCUACAGGAGGAAGGAAAGGUAUCUCAUGAGUCAUACCUCAUUGUAUUCUUGAAAGAAUAAUAUAUAAUUACACUCUUUGGGACUUC